AUGAUCGAGCGUCUUCAUCGCCAAUUAAAAUCGGCGCUCAUAGCUCAAUCUAAUUCUGACUGGGUCUCUUGUUUACCUUUUGUACUUCUCGGCAUUCGUUCCUCUUUUAAAGAAGAUAUUAAAUCUACGGCAGCUGAGUUAGUUUAUGGGGAAUCUCUGCGUCUUCCUUCAGAAUUUUUCUGCUCAGACUCAAGAUCAAGUAGAUCUAGCAAUUAUCAAGAUUUUCUGGCAGAUAUUAGAAAAUAUAUUAGCGAUUUGCGUCCAUCUCCAGCCUCAAGACAUGGAAAUCCUAGUAUUUUUGUUUUCAAAGAAUUAAAGGAUUGUUCACAUGCUUAUCUCAAGGAUUGUAGAUUUUUAAAAGCUUUGGAACCGCCAUACUUGGGCCCAUUUGAGAUCAUCGAGCGUGAUGAUAAACUUGUUACACUCAAGAUUAAUAAUUCGCCAACUAAAGUUUUUAUUGACCGAGUUAAACCUGCAUUUCUUUUUAACAGUUCAAUUACUUUUUCUGUUCAUGAUGUGUUCUCUGUUCCUGUUCCUGCCUCUACUCCUGAUCCUGUUCACUCUGUCAAGAAUCGCUUGAGCUUCACUGAACCAUGA